AUGAAGUUUGGUUGGUUCGAGGCGGCAGCUUUGGCUGCGGCCUCGGUGGUCAGCGCCCAGGAUGACCUAGCUUUCUCUCCCCCUUACUAUCCUUCCCCGUGGGCCAAUGGCCAGGGAGAGUGGGCCGAGGCCUACAAGCGCGCUGUCGACCUCGUGUCUCAGAUGACGUUGGCCGAGAAGGUGAACCUCACCACCGGUUCUGGAUGGCAAUUGGAGAAGUGUGUCGGCCAGACUGGAAGUGUGCCGAGGCUCGGACUGUUGAGUCUUUGCUUACAGGACAGCCCUCUGGGUAUUCGAUUUGCGGAUUAUAACUCGGCGUUCCCCGCGGGUGUCAAUGUUGCCGCCACAUGGGACAAGUCCCUGGCCUACCUCCGUGGCAAGGCAAUGGGAGAAGAAUUCAGUGACAAGGGUAUUGACGUUCAAUUGGGUCCGGCUGCUGGCCCCCUCGGUAGACACCCUGACGGCGGCCGAAACUGGGAGGGCUUCUCUCCCGACCCGGCCCUCUCCGGUGUGCUCUUCGCAGAGUCCAUCAAGGGUAUCCAAGAUGCCGGUGUCAUUGCAACCGCCAAGCACUUUAUUGUCAACGAGCAGGAGCACUUCCGCCAGGUCCCCGAAGCUGCUGGCUACGGGUUCAACAUUUCCGAUACCGUGAGCUCGAACCUGGACGACAAGACUAUGCACGAGUUGUACCUCUGGCCCUUCGCCGAUGCAGUGCGCGCUGGCGUUGGUGCGGUCAUGUGCUCCUACAAUCAGAUUAACAACAGCUACGGUUGCCAGAACAGCGAGACCCUGAACAAGCUGCUGAAGGCCGAACUUGGAUUCCAGGGCUUCGUCAUGAGUGACUGGAGUGCCCACCACAGCGGUGUUGGCUCCGCUCUGGCGGGUAUGGACAUGUCGAUGCCUGGCGACGUUAGCUUCAACGACGGUACUUCGUUCUGGGGUACGAACCUGACGGUCGGCGUUCUCAACGGAACCGUCCCCCAGUGGCGCGUUGAUGACAUGGCUGUUCGUAUCAUGGCUGCCUACUAUAAGGUUGGCCGCGAUCGUCUUCACACCCCUCCCAACUUCAGCUCCUGGACCCGAGACGAGUUUGGGUUUGAGCACUUCGCGGUGGAAGAGGGUGCCUAUGAGAGAGUCAACCAGCUCGUGGAUGUUCAGCGGGAUCAUGCCGAUAUCAUCCGCCGCGUCGGCGCUGACAGUAUCGUCCUCUUGAAGAACAAGGGCGCUCUUCCGCUGACCGGCAAGGAGAAGAAGGUUGCUAUUCUCGGUGAAGAUGCGGGCUCCAAUCCCUGGGGUGCCAACGGCUGCGACGACCGUGGUUGCGACAACGGAACCCUUGCCAUGGCCUGGGGUAGCGGAACCGCGGAAUUCCCUUACCUGGUCACCCCCGAGCAGGCUAUUCAGAACAGGGUCCUCAAAGGUCGCGGUAACGUGUUUUCGGUCACCCACAACUGGGCUCUCGACAAGGUGGCCAAGCUCGCCUCCCAAUCUAGCGUUUCUCUUGUUUUUGUCAACGCCGAUGCGGGUGAAGGAUUCCUCAGCGUGGAUGGAAACGAGGGUGAUCGCAACAACCUCACUCUCUGGAAGAAUGGCGAGAACUUGAUCAAGACUGCGGCCCAAAACUGCAACAACACCGUGGUGGUCAUCCACUCCGUCGGCCCCGUUCUGGUCGAUGAAUGGUACAACCACCCUAACGUCACCGGUAUCCUCUGGGCUGGUCUCCCUGGCCAAGAGUCUGGAAACUCCCUGACCGACGUGCUGUACGGAGACGUCAACCCUGGUGGCAAGACCCCUUUCACCUGGGGCAAGACCCGCGAGUCCUACGGCGCUCCCUUGCUCACGAAACCCAACAAUGGCAAUGGUCCGCCCCAGGAGGACUUCGAGGAGGGCGUGUUCAUUGACUACCGCCAUUUCGACAAGCGCAACGAAACUCCUAUUUACGAGUUUGGCUAUGGCCUCAGUUACACCACCUUUGGUUACUCGGGUCUCCAAAUUCAAUCCCUGAACGCAUCGAAGUACACUCCCACCUCUGGGAAGACCAAGGCCGCCCCAACCUUUGGUAAGACCGACAAGGCGUCGGACUUCGUAUACCCCGAUGAGCACCAGAGAAUCCACGAGUACAUCUACCCUUGGCUCAACUCCACCGACCUGAAGGAGUCUUCUGGCGAUCCUCACUACGGAUGGAAGGACUCCCGGUACAUCCCCGAAGAUGCCACCGAUGGCUCACCCCAAGACCUUCUGCCCGCUGGUGGCGGUCCUGGCGGUAACCCCGGCCUCUAUGAUGACCUGGUUCGGGUUUCGGUCAAAAUCACGAACACUGGCAACGUUGCCGGUGACGAAGUGCCCCAGUUGUAUGUCUCCCUUGGUGGCCCCAACGAACCCAGAAAGGUGCUCCGCAAGUUCGAUCGAAUUCGCCUGGGUCCUUCUGAGUCGACUGUGUGGACCACCACGCUCAACCGCCGCGACCUGUCCAACUGGGACGUUGCAGCUCAGGACUGGGUCAUCACUAAGUACCCCAAGAAGGUCUUCGUUGGAAGCUCUUCGCGAAAGCUGCCUCUGCAGCGCUCGCUGCCCGUGGUGGCUUAA